CAGAUGUCUGUAUCCACGGAUAGCAACGCCUCAGCCGUUCCGCAGAGCUCUUUGGGCGUGAAGUCGGAGAAAAACAGUCGAAUGGUUCCCAACCCUUACGUUCUCAUAACACCACUUCAGUCAUCGUUGGGAACUACUGACGAGCCCUCGAGUUCCACAUUGAUUACAUCCGCCAAUCGGUUCAACAACGAAGAGCCGCCAUAUAAGCGAAGAACAGCCAUCCGUUUGGCCACUCCGUUGUCCACAAGCGGAUCCAUGACGACCACAAUCAGUUCAACUUUGAUGCGUUCAUACUCUCCGCCCACGUAUUCCAACGCAAACGACGACACAUUCUUCCGCAGAACGCCUUCGCCUAUGUAUGCGAUCCCAAACGUAACCACUAUUUCUCUCUCCAGCGAAACGGUAUCGCAAGACGAAGAGUCAACCACUGCUGUCACUCUUUCCGAGUCUCCAAACACUUCGUAUUUUCACAAUUUGGACCCAAACUCCAGUUUCGCUGACACCGAAGAAACAGAUCCAGACGGUGACAACGAUCGAUAGAACAGACCAUUGAUAGGACACCACAAAUAUUAUCUCUAAUAAGUGAUCGCUAUUUUAAUCGCAAUUUCUUUUUUUAAAACUUAUUACAAAUUAAAAAAUGCGUUAAUAUUUCAAUUGUUUAUAAAUAAAAACUUUAAUCAAUAAAACAUUUAAUCGACUCUUUGUUGACAAAAAAUAUCAACC